AUGGCCGACUCUCAGGUCCCCCGCGUCCCUCGCGGUGCAGCCACUGUCCUCUCCGCCACGGAACUCAUCGGAAAUACGCCCCUCAUCAGGCUCAACAAGCUUCCCCAGGCACUGGGAAUUGAGUGCGAUGUCUAUGUCAAGGCCGAAUACUUCAACGCUGGUGGUAGUGUUAAGGACAGAAUCGCCCUCCGCAUGGUGGAAGAGGCCGAGAGGAGCGGCCGUAUCAAGCCUGGCGAUACCCUCAUUGAGCCAACCAGCGGCAACACCGGUAUUGGUCUCGCCCUAGUCGGUGCCAUCAAGGGCUACAAGACCAUCAUUACCCUCCCGGAGAAGAUGUCGGCCGAAAAGGUCUCUGUGCUGCGUGCCCUGGGUGCUACCAUCAUCCGCACGCCCACACAGGCAGCCUGGGACAGCCCCGAGUCCCAUAUCGGUGUGGCCCGUCGCCUGGAGAAGGAACUUCCCAAUGCCCAUAUUCUCGACCAGUACUCAAACGUGGAUAACCCACUCGCGCACGAGCUAGGCACGGCCGAGGAGAUUUGGGAGCAGACGGGUGGCAAGAUUAGCGCCGUCGUGGCCGGUGCCGGAACCGGAGGUACCAUUACCGGUCUGUCGAGGGGCAUCAAGAAGCACGACUCCAGCGUCAAGAUUGUGGCGGCCGAUCCUCAGGGUAGCAUGCUGGCCCUUCCCGAGACCCUCAACGAGGAGCACCUCAAUGCGGCCUACAAGGUCGAGGGCAUAGGCUACGACUUUAUCCCCGACGUCCUGGACCGCCAUGCCGUCGACAAGUGGUACAAGACGGACGACAAGGAGUCCUUCUACCUCGCCCGACGUUUAAUUUCCGAAGAGGGCCUGCUCGUCGGUGGCAGCUCUGGCUCUGCCUUGGCUGCCAUGGUCAUGGCUGUUAGGGACUUUGGAUUCACCAAGGGCGAUGUAGUCGUCGUCAUCCUACCGGAUAGCAUCCGCAGCUACCUGACCAAGUUUGCUGACGAUGACUGGCUGGCGGCCAACAACCUCUUGCCUGCCAGCGGCCUCGAGCCACCUUCAUCGGCCGUCGGCAAAUCCGAGGACCCUUACAAUGGAGCUACAAUCGCCUCCCUCCGUCUCAAGCCCGUCACGUCGGUGUCUGCCACGGCCAUGUGCUCCGAGGCCAUCGAGACGAUGCGCGACAAGGGCUUUGACCAGCUGCCUGUGCUGUCUGCCACAUCCCCUACCAGGCUCGUGGGACUCGUCACUCUGGGAAACCUGCUCAGUUACAUCUCUCGUGGCCGUGCCACGGCUACUAGCCAGAUCAAGGAUGUCAUGUUUGACUUCGCCCACCUUGACGAGAUCAUUACAGACCCGCGCCAGGGCGCGGCACUCGGUCAGACAAACACGGCGACUAAGAAGCGCAAGUUUGUCCAGAUCACAAAGGACACGUCUCUGUUGGAGCUGAGCAGGUUCUUCGAGUGGAACUCGUCGGCCGUCGUCACCGAGGGGCAGGAAUCUGGGCACCUGUCCAAGCCUGUGGCCAUUGUCACCAAGGUGGACUUGUUGACGUGGAUGAUUAACAAGAAGGACUAG